CUCUGGAGUCUUGCUGUUGGUCACUGUGGCUUUCAUAUUCGAACCGCUCAACUGCGACAUGGUCUGGGUGAUGGCAUCGGUGCUUCUGUGGACGGUUACGGUGGCUGUUCUGGCGGGGGGAGGGAACUUGCAGCCAUAUCCCCAGAGGACGGUCAUGACCGAUUUCAACAUGACAAAGUACCUGGGCGAAUGGAAUGAAAUCCUUCGCCUGCCGAACGUCCACGAGGAAAGCUACAGCUGCAUGCAGGACGUCUUCUCGCUCGCCCCGGACGGAACCACAAAAGUGCUCAGCCAUGCUUACAACGUCAGCAACCAUGCCUAUGAUUUUCUGGAAGGAGUGGCAACAGAGCCCGAACCUGGCCGUUUCGACAUCACGUACAGUGGGGAAACUGUGUGGAGCUCCAGCUACUGGGUCCUGGCCACGAACUACGACGCCUACGCCGUGCUGUGGGGCUCCCUCUUGGAAGGAGACGCACCGAUGCCUCUGGCUUGGGUGCUGAGCCGACAGAAAACCUUGGGAGAAGAGUACGGGACUGAGGUCAACCAAGUCUUGAGGAACAACGGUCUUCAGAGAAGUCAGUUCGAAGGAGUGGACCAGACGAACUGUCCGGAGGUGACCACUGCAGACAACUGAGUGUCGUGCCACUCCCUCUGGGGUUUUCCAUUUCAUUGCUGACUUUUCCAUCCAUGCACUUCUAAAAAAUAUGGAACUGAGUUUAAAUACAGACCUCUCUCAGUAGUACGCAGUUCUGGCGUUCAUAUGAGUUUGGAACAGUGAUAUAAACAUGGGAGCCGGCGAGGUGGGAGGGAACGCUAGAAUUUGCCCACCUUCCCCCUGGAUUUGGGGGAAAAUCGAAAUAUGUGUAAUAAAAAAAUCUGCCAAAUGUUAAUAAAAAGCUUUCCGAAUUA